AUGGGCAGGAGGUUGGGAGUAGGAGGAGGUCAGAGUGGGGCAUGCUUGGAUGGGCUGGUCCCACUCCAGGGCUAUCGAGGCCGGUCCCACUCCAGGGGUGCUGUCGAGGGGCUGUCGAGGCCGGUCCCACUCCAGGGGCUGUCGAGGCCCACUCUAGGGCUGGAAGCCCACUCCAGGGGCUGUCGAGGCACUCCAGGGGCAAACGAGCCAACGGGAACCUCCGCUGACCCCGCCGUGCCGUCCCCACCCCUUCCUGAUACCCUUCCCGUGGAAACACAGCUCCCCACUGCCGAAGAGAUGGAAGUCACGGACGAUGACAUCAUAGCAGGCUGUCUGUCCAACCUGCCUCCCAACACCAAGAAGAUCUGCAACUCGUACGAGGAGCGUCGUAAGCAGGCCACCGCCAUCGUCCUGCUGGGGGUCAUCGGGGCGGAGUUCGGGGCGGAGCUGGAACCCCCUAAGCUGCCGUCUCGUGCCAGGACCAGUGGACAGGCUCCAGAAGGUUUUGGACUGACUACUGGAGGAUCCAACUACUCUCUGGCCCGACACACCUGUAAGGCCCUGACGUUCCUCCUCCUGCAACCCCCCAGCCCCAAGAUGCCCCCCCACAGCACCAUCCGCCGUACAGCCAUAGACCUGAUUGGUCGAGGCUUCACCGUGUGGGAGCCUUAUAUGGAUGUGUCCGCUGUUCUCAUGGGACUACUGGAGCUGUGUGCUGACGCAGAGAAACAGCUGGCCAACAUCACAAUGGGCCUGCCCCUUAACCCAGCAGCCGACUCGGCCCGCUCAGCACGCCACGCUCUCUCUCUCAUCGCCACAGCCAGACCACCAGCAUUCAUCACAACCAUCGCCAGAGAGGUUCACAGACACACAGCCAUGGAAAUAAGCAGAAUGUGA